AUGGAAGAGAGCGAUGGAUGCGCGACGUCGCGAGACUUUGCGAGCGUGAAGAUGGAAUAUUUUAAGACGCGCGCGCGCGAGGCGCUGGGGAACGGGAACUAUAAGGAGGCGUACGCGACGUACACGAAGUGUCUGGAGGAACUCGCGCCGAGGGACGCGGGCGAACGCGCGAAACUGCUGUGUAACCGUUCGAUGGCGUACGCCAAGUCUGCAAACUUUAAAGCGGCGCUGGAGGACGCGUCUGCGGCGGUGUCGUUGAUGCCGACGUUCGCCAAGGGGUGGUGGCGCAAGGCGACCGCGCACGUGGGGCUGCGACAGUUCCCGGACGCGCUCGCCGCGUACAGGCAAUCGUUCGAAUGUCAGGACGAAGGCGACGCCGGCGUGAUCGACGAGCACGUGAAAGCGAUGAAUAAAACGAUCACUUCAUUUACGCGCGAGCAACUUGCGAACUGGAUUCUUGAAACUCUGCAAGACAUGGAGAAUCGCGAGCUCAUCGAGCACGCGCACCUCGAAAACGUCACGUCGUUGGAGAUGGCAGAGGGAAUGUUUUGUCAAAUCAAAGGCAUAAAUGAAGGAAGCAAGCCGCGCGGCGACUACUAUCGGUUCGUACAACAUUGGAACGUACACGGUAUGAGCGUGCCGAUGGCUUACACCCAGCGUGCGAGCAUGUACCGCCACGCGUUGUGCUUUAUGCAAGCUCGCGCCGACGCGGCGGCGGCGUUGACCUUGUUACAAGACGACGCAUCGCUUUCUGACAAGGAAACGGAGAUGACCUUCACGUACAAAGUCGAUGACUUCUCGCCUUUCAAGGAAGAUACAGUCAUCACCAAAGCUUGGGCGUGGUACGAGAUGGGCAAGGCUUUUGAAGGGCGCGAAAAUGGUGACACGCAAGCGGCGGCGAAGUGCUUCUCGGCGAUAACGCACUUGGACACCAAGUAUCCGAUGUUCACGAACGCCUUCAAGAAUGUGUGCAGUCGUAUGACUGAUGUCGAGGCUGGGAAAAUAUUGAGCGACAUCAACGAUCAGUACGGCGUGGCGGAGUAUGGCGUGCGCACCGUUCCCGACGCUUUGGCAACUUACGUGGUCACCGUCAGCCUUCUCUUCAAAACUGGCAAGCUCGUCGGCUUCAACUCUAAAGUGCGAGACUCGUUUCGAGAAAACGUCGCGAAGGGUGCGAAUGUCAUCAAAGAAAAGAAAAUGCUCGAGAAAAUUCAAGCACACGAUUUGAUGUUACUGGGUGGCGCAGAAACGGAGGCUGCGAUGGGUACGGCGAGCGACGUGCAAGGCGAGCUCAAGGAACUGAAGUCGGAGGACUUGGUAGAUCGCAUCAACAACUUACAAGGAAUUAUCUUAUCGACAUUAAAAAGUGGCAAGGAGAUCGUAGUCGCGAAGCGACCACCAACCGACAUGGAGCUUCCUUACAGAACGUACAAAUUAGUUUACAACGACGGCACCCCGGUCGAACGAGUGAACAAAACGGGCUAUCAAAUGUCACAAGUGCACUACUCGGCGCAAGGAAUGCACAAACGCGAAGUAUGGGCUGAGAUGAUGGACAAGUCUUGCCGAUGGCACCAGAGCUCAUCUGAGAUAGCCGUUCAAGCGUUACAAGUGCCGAAGGACGCCAAGAAGCAAGAUUUGGAUGUCUGCAUCACGCCGUCGACCGUCAGAGUGUCAUGUCGAAACACUGGACGCACGUACCUAGAGGUGAUUUAA